AUGGUUAGUGAGCCAGGCGAGUUGCGUCCCAGUUUUAUGAAUAGAAAAACAUUGGAAUGCGAUAAGAAGCUCUCAGGUUCUGUCAACUCACUUUCAUGGGAGGAAAAUGUGCCCCUAAUGUGUUCAUCAUAUGCGUCUCCUUUAAACUGCAGCACCAGCAAGCCGGUUGAGACCCAAGCCCCGAAAAUUCUGCCAAUAGCCAGAAGUUACUAUAACGAUGCCACCAAAUGGAAUACGGUCAACUAUUCAAACCCAUGUGUGUGCCUACCUCACUGCUCCCUGUUUGAGAGUCAUUUGGGAACCCCACCACAAACGCGGCUCACCCUACGCCUAGAUGACGUAAAAAAGGAUAUGAUGGCUCCGAGCCGUCCCCUUACACUUGACGGGUCUCUUGAAUGCCCCCCUAUUUCAGAAACUUCGAGGAACACUCGUAAAGCUUUCGAACGCAUGUCAGUGGCUAUACAGGAGCACAGAAAUGCACCAACCAGGAUUUUGGGGAGUCUUGAAAAGGUAACCUUUUCGAAGCAUGGAGCCGCAAGGGAUUCUAUGGGUCAAUUACCACAUCAUUUGAACGUAUUGCCACUUCCACAUGAAUCUAUGACAAAUAACAACAUUGGAUGCACAACAGAGAGCAGCACACAGAUCAAGCCAUUAGGUCAGUCCACAAAGAUGCUUCAGAAACCUCGAGGACUAUCUUCAAUUCGUGAUAUCUAUACUGAGGAGGAUAUGCUUGAUUUUUUUGAUCUGAGAAGCUCAACUAAUUCAAUCUCCCUGAUGCCACCCAAUGACAGCUCCGUCAGUAUCCUCAAGAACAACUGCAGUGGCAAGUUGUUUAGCGAAAACCUUUCUGUGAUUAACACAGCUUUGGCUGUAUCCUUCAGACGUGAUGGGGCAAAGCGCCGCCCGGUCCAUUCGCGUGUAACAGUUUGCCCAACACAGAAAAAAAAGUUCUACAUGGACACAAUAAAUGCACCCAAUGUUGGGCAAGCAGAUAAAGGUCAAUGA